GAUUCUUCUCACCAGCACAACCUGUCAAUCAACACAGAAUGGCAGACAAACUUCGCGCGCAGCAGCAGCUCGAACAACUCCAGCAGCGUUAUGUUGGAACGGGCCAUGCUGAUACAACAAGAUUCGAAUGGACGAGUAAUAUUCAAAGAGAUUCGUAUGCCUCUUAUGUAGGCCACCCGCCUUUGUUGAGUUACAUGGCGAUUGGAAUGGGAAGUCCGAGGGAGAUUGUUAGGAAAAAUAUGAUUGAGAAAAUGAUACAACCAGUUGGAAAACCCCCCGAGGUACAGGAUUAGUGAUCGUUUUUUGGGCAUGGAAUCUUCCUGUGGGAAAUGCAAAGGGCAUCCCUCAAAUUGAAAAUAAGAUGCCGCAUAUCGACAACACUCAUGGACACGACAAGAUGAUAUCGGCAUGCGGAGCCAGGGGAGGAUUGUUCAAAUUGUUAUGGGCGAGGAGUCAUACUAUGGUGUUAAUGGCGCAUACAUAUAAUGGGAGUCAGAUUAAUAUCAUAUAACGAAGCUUCUUAAGGGGAUAAACAAAUCUGCGAGAGCACGUGCAAUUGAAGAAAUAUCGCAUCGGACAUUGCAUUUGCAAUAGCCCAAUCUCUCGCGUGUCCCCUUCUCCAAUUCGAAAUUUCCAAAUGAUGAUGCAUUGGCCUUGUAUUGCGCAUAUGAUUUCCCUCAAGAUUGGGGUCAAGGCCCAAGAUGAACUUGAAGAACCUGGAGUAAGUGGAAACCACUGAAUACUUUCUUUGUCAAGAUUAAUUGUGAAGAUAUUUUAGACUUAAUUUGCUGCA